UUGCUUGCUGUACUUUAUCCAUCCAUCUGAAUAUAAUUAUAGGAAACAUACAUAUGUAAAUACAUACAAAUAGUGCUACGCAUAAACGAUUACAAAUGCCAGCUUCUAUACUGAAGGGUUUUAUGGUGUUUGUGGAGAUGCUGCAUACACUGUGAACUCUUUACUUCCAUUUUUAUGACAGUUCAAUCUCUCUUUUUUCCAUAAAAGACUGCACAUGAAUAGUGCAGGAGAGCUUUCUAAUGUCUGGACCUUGAAUAACACUGAGAAGGUCAAGACAGCAGAAAGGAAUAAAGCACAGUGAAAUCCAAGGUUUUCUGUUACUUCAUGGAUUAUAAUAUUAUUUUCAUUUUGUUUUACACAUCCUAUUAGCUAACCGGUAUCAUAACAUCACCAACAGCGGUUCAGGUUCAAUCUUGCAGACACCUUGGCCGAGAAAGUGCACCAGGACCUUUGCUUCCCUAGGAAGCUGAAGAAAUUUGGCAUAUCCCCUUUGAUUCUCACCAAUUUUUACAGCUACACCAUGAAAAGCAUCUAAUCCAGAUGCACUACAACUUGGUAUGGCAGCUACUGUGCCUCAGACUGCAAGAAACUAAAAAGAGAUAUGGACAUAGCUUAGCACAUCAGAUAACCCAAUCUCCCCUCUCUGGACUGUGUAUUUUUUUGCUGCCUCAAUAAAGCAGCCAACACAAUCAAAUACUCCACCCACCCCAGGCAUUGUUUUUCACUGUCUCUCCCAUCAGGCAGAAGAUUCAAAAGCCUGAAGGGAUGUAUCACCAAGCUCUAGGACGGCUUCUGUCCUGCUGUUAUGACUAUUGAACAGUCUAUUAGUUCAAUAAGGUGGACUCCUGACCUCAUAAUCCACUUCAUUACGACCCUCCCCUUUAUUGUCUGCCUGCACUGCACUUUCUAUGUAACUAACACUUUAUUCUGCAUCUUCUACUUAUUGUUUUCCUUUGUAUUACUUUGGUAUACUGCUGUGAUUAAUUGAUCUCUUUCUGAGUUCACAGGAAAUGUUCGCCAAAUCUUUCUGCAUUCUCUGGUAAUGCUGCACAACCCUUUCUGCGCUAAUGCUGAAUUGGUGAAAUUGACGAACUCAGAAUGGGUGCAUGAAGCAGCACCAAUGCAGUUGUCAAUUUCUGCCCAGGCAACGUAGAGCACCUCUAGUGGGUCUCUUCACACGAAUGUUUGGAAUUAGUUAAUUGUCUACAGCCACUGUGCUUACCUGCAUUACUUACUGUACAGAAAAAUUUAUGAAAGAGCAUCCGGAAUCUGCAGGAUUUCUGAGAGUAUGUCUGCAAAAAUGUGCUUCAACUUGCCAUUGGCCUUGCAUUGAAUAGCUCAUCAUGUAUGUCAUGACACAUCAAUGAGGAGAUGGUACCCAUGCCAUCCACCAUCCUUACAGGACAAUCAUUUCUAGCAAGCACUGCCAAACUGCAGGCCUGCACCUCUAAGGUACCGCUGUGAUUUAUGUGACCUGCGGUUUUCUCAAACCUUUUUGUUCUAAGUGAUAAAUAGAAGCUGAUGUUUCUCGAAGCUGUCUGUAAGUUUGCACGUUCUCCCCGUGAUUGCAUGGGUUUCCUCCAGGUACUCUGGUUUUUUUCCCACUGUCCAAAGACGUACUGGUCGAUAGGUUAAUUUGUAAAUUGUCCUGUGAUUAAGCAAUGUUUGCUGGGCAGAAGGGCUGGAAGAGCCUUUUCUGCACUGCAUCUCAAUAAAUAAAUAAAUAAACUCUUAAAAGUAUAAGGAAGUCCCAUACUGUAUCAUUACCCUUUUUUAACCUCAGUGCUGGAUCACUGAUUCACACAGAGUUCAGUAUCUUGAAUGUCAAAGUUUAUGGGAAGUUAAAAUGUAAAUUCAGGGCAGAUUAGAAGCUUCUUAUAUCUAACUGUGACUUUGUUAGGUGAUAAUCAAGGUUCAAUUGCAUAUGUUGAUGCAGGAUAAUUAAAACAACUCAGAAAUAAGUACAACGUUCUGUCCAAUAAAAAUGUCAAUAAUCAGUUAUGUAAUGUAGUUGUACACUUCGAAUACUAUGAGUAAUACAGCGUUUUCUAUUCGUUGAAUAAUUCAUGACGAAUAAUGUUUUACUGCAAUAAGUUGCUACAAAUCAUUGCAACAGCAGAGUUGAUAACACGCACACAUUGUAAGAUAUGAGUCACAAGGAGGUGGUUACCUACAUUAGUGUUCAUCAACCAAAGGGCAAACCCAGAUUGCAGGAAUACCCUAUCUGCACUCUAUAUGCUUUCUAGUAGUACAGGUUCUCUGGUAACGUGAAAAUCUCAGGGAGGGCACUGCUCUCUAGUUUAUCCAAUCGGCUAUCAGAUAACAUUUAAAAAACCAUAAAUGUGCCAAUAAGAAAAAGUGAUGAAAACAUUUCCUAUCUGUAAUUGGUUUAUUUCAUUUCUGGCUUUUAACAACCACACAUGGCAGGUGGUUGGUUUCUGAAAGCAAAUAAAAUCACUUAGGCAAAAGAAUAUUUGUUGUUUUCUUGGGGGCAGGACACAGUUAAAGUAGCAAUACAAUUGUUUUGCUUUCCAUUGUGUAGGAGCAGUGGAUGUUCACGGGCUCUUGCUGCAUGACAUCGCACUGAGGUGGUCGGCGGAUCGCAGCCCGAGAGCACCGGGACCGGGACCGAACUCGUGCCGUUACCGAGCAACGGCCACCGCGGCCAGUCGUGUGCAAGGGUAACUCGGCGCCGUCCCCCCUCAGGCCGGAGAUGAAGUGUUUUGAAAGAGGCGGCGAGAAAUGAGGAAGCGCUGCUCUAAAGAGGAAAAGAGAAAAAGAAGAAAGGGGAAGGCCUUCACGUGUAGGCCGUGCCUGGCCCUGUCGCCCAUGGGCUUUCUCAGAUAAGGCGCCGCCGGCAUCCGAGGAAGCAGCAGGGGAAAAAAAAAAUCCCAUCAGGAGGCAGCGCACCCAAGAUGGGACUAGGAGGAAGCGGCUGCGUCCAGGUGUCGGCGACUGCGAUUGACGACGGCUCGAGUUCAUUCGAAAAACGGGAUACCUGAAGCUGUAGCAGCGCGAAGGUAAGCUGCUUUGUGGUGGCUGUGUAUGUACGAGCUGACCGCCACUGGACGGCCCGGUUUCCUCGGCCCCUCUCACCCUUCGAUGUUAAGUGCCCACUUCAGCCCUUUGCUUGCCGUUUUGCUAUCGCUGUUGUUUUUGCAUUGUUUCCCCAGCGCCGUGUUUUCCGAGGGUCCGUUCAGUUCCCGGUUCAAUGGCAGUAUGUUACCAGUACCAGUUACCGGUGCUGCCUCUCGACAGGCCGGUACCCAAGCACGUCCUGAGCCGUCGGGGGGCCAUCAGCUUCAGCUCCAGCUCGUCCCUCUUCGGCUGCGCCAACCCGAGACUCCUGUCACAGAGACGAGGGGCAAUAUCGUAUGAAAGCUCAGACCAGACUGCUCUGUAUAUUCGUAUGUUAGGGGAUGUAAGGGUGAGAAGCCGGGCAGGGUUUCAACCUGAAAGAAGAGACUCACAUCCUUACAUUGAUUUUCGCCUUUUGCACUUACCACCAGAAACUGGAGAGUUGGCUUCAGGAAGGAAGAUAAAAAGGUUGUUAAGUUUUCAAAGGUAUUUUCGAUCAGGUCAUUUAUUUCGUGGUAUUCCUUCUGUGGAUUCUCUCUGCAUUCUGGAUGAUAAUUAUAGUGGGCAAGCCAUGUGUAUGCUGGAAAAGGAUGGAGGUUGGAAUUUUGACAUCUUUCUUUUUGACAGAUUGACAAAUGGAAAUAGUCUGAUUACUUUGACCUUCCACUUAUUUAAAUACCAUGGACUUAUAGAACAUUUCAGCUUAGAUUUGGUAAAACUGCGUCGACUUUUGGUUAUGGUUCAGGAGGACUACCACCGUAACAAUCCUUAUCACAAUGCAGUACAUGCUGCUGAUGUAACUCAGGCCAUGCACUGUUACCUAAAGGAAUCAAAGUUUGCGAAGUCUAUUUCUCCAUGGGAUAUUCUGGUGGGUUUGCUGGCAGCCGCCACACAUGACAUGGAUCAUCCUGGUGUUAACCAGCCCUUCCUAAUCAAAACCAGUCACUACCUAGCAAGUUUAUACAAGAAUACCUCGGUGUUAGAAAACCAUCACUGGAGGUCAGCAGUGUGUGUGCUUCAUGAAUCUAAAUUAUUUUCACAUUUUUCAAUUGAGGAAAGUUAUCAACUGGAAAGCCAGCUGGGUUCCCUAAUUCUAGCUACAGACAUAAGCCGCCAGAAUGAGUUUCUAUCACAACUGAGAACUCAUUUGGACAUGAGUGACUUGUGUUUAGAUGAUGCCAGCCAUCGACAUUUCAUGCUGCAGAUAGCUCUGAAAUGUGCAGAUAUCAGUAACCCUUGCCGGCCUUGGGAACUGAGUAAGCAGUGGAGUGAAAAAGUAUCCCAAGAAUUCUUCCAUCAAGGGGACAUUGAAAGGAGGAAUAAGCUAGAUAUAAGUCAGCUAUGUGAUCGCCAUACAGAAACUGUAGCCAAUAUUCAAAUAGGUUUUAUAAAUUACGUUGUGAAGCCUCUUUUUGUGGAGUGGUCUCGAUUCACCAACAGCACACUGUCACAGACCAUGCUUGGACAUCUUAGUUUGAAUAAUGCUAGCUGGAAAAGAUUAUUACAGGAACAGACCCAGAGUAGAGAGGAUUCUAUCUGAGAGGAAAUGAACUGACAUACCUCAGGAAAGCCGAGAAUUCUUCUAUUUCUCUCACUCCACUCAUUCGGUGGGUGCUGGACAAUGAAUUAUCAGCCUAUUAGGCUGAAGGCAAAUGAGAUGAUGCUUUUAGGUGAGGAAUUGAAAUAUACUUGUAGGCUUUCAUUGCCACGGUUGUAUGUGUAGCCAUGUCAACAUAAACGUAAUUCAAUGCUUUCUUCAAAGCAUCAUAUUGCUUUUUUGCUCCUUGCAAAGCCUGAACAUAAAGCAAUACACAAAUACCUCAGUUGGCUUUUGUGAGACAUUGAGCACAUAAACUGCAGUGGUGGCCAUGCUGAAGAGAAUGGGAAAAGAGGGUGGCAGUGUCCCAGGAAGUGCCAUUUAUUAAUGGUUAGUUUGAAUACUGUUAUACAGAUUGAUACUUGCAAUUUCUGCACUCGGGGUUUUCUGUGGUUUUUUUAAGGCUAAAAUAUGAACUUAAAUAUUCUUAUGUUGGUACAAGAAGAGCUUUUGUACUCUCCUCACCAUUUUUGAGUGACUGAAUGCAUGCAAUGAAGCCAGUCCUUUUUCUGCCUCAGAGAUUUGUUUACAAUGCUGUAUUUUUGAUACUUUGGUUCUGGUUCUUGCCUUGAAGCAUAGUGAAAAAUGAACCACUAAUUUGGGAAAUGCUAGUUGGUAAGAAUAUAGAACAAAAUAUGCUGCAGUUUGUUUUUAAUCUUUUGUGAUGCCAUUUAAGUUUCCAUGGAAGCCUCUACUGCCAUGGUGUUCCUUUAGUGCACUGUGAAUCCAGCCUUCAUCUCUGAUCACAGCUAAGCUUCAGCAUAUAUAGCAACAAAGUGCUGCUGGCCUUUACCUUUGUAGGGGAGUGUUGAAGAAACAACUUAAAAACAGAUUAGUGGGUGAAAUCAAUGUAUGAACUGCACUUAGUGAUAGUUUAUUGUAAAGAUCAGAUCAGGAUAUUUGUCUGUCUGAAGCAAGUGAUAACAGCCAUUUGGAGUCUGCAUAGCAGAACAUACUGCUACAUUCACCAUUCUGUUUUCUUCAUAAUGUGAAAAUAUGCAUGAAUUAAACAGCCAGAUUGAAGAAAUAUUGCUAAAAUGCCUUAAAACUAUGCACAAAGCUAAGUGACCAAAUCUGUUUUUUUUUUAAAGUGCAUUGUUCCUCGACCUUUUGCGAGUGAAUUGUUACUCCCCUAUAGGCCUCGUCUGAUGUGGAAAAAUUGAACCCUUUGUAGGAUAAGAUUACAAAUGUUCUUUUAAAUUUCAAACAUUCCAUUUUGUAUUUUACAAUGUUUUAAAUAGUUGAUUAUGUACAGUAAGCACAACUAUAUCUUAAGUUUGCAUUUUUCAGUGAAACAAAUUGGUGCUUUUCUCUUUUUAGUUAAUUUGUAUUCUAGGACUGUUUUAUAAAAAAAAUUCUGUUUACAAUUUGUUGCAACAGCCAUCAUUAGAGAUGAAGGCUUCAAUGUUAAGCUUAGGAACAUUACCAGGUUGUUGGCAGAGUUGCCAUAUUCAUAUUUUGAUAUGCCUGUUGCUGUUUAAAAUUUUGAAUAAAAAAAAUUGACAU